AUGCAAGUCAACCGAAACACUUACUACGUUAUAAACGACAGUAGUGACUUGAAAUGCCAUAUGGAGGAGCGCGCGCAGGUAAACGAGGAGGCUGCCGCCAUGCUGUGGUCCAUCCAGGAGGCGGUGGAGAGGCAGACCCUGCAGAUUGGAGCCUCCGCCUGCGGGGCCACGGCCGUGGUGGACGUGCUCAAAGCCCUCGGCGUGGAAGUGGCUCCGGAGGAGGUCGACCGCUGCGUCCAGACCCGGCUGAGGAGGAACGAGUCCCCACUGCCCGACUACCUGCUGUCCCGCAGUGAAGCCGGUGCCACUCACGCUCAGCUGAUCCAAGGGGCGCAGGAGGCCAGUGCUGGGAGGGUGAUGGGUCGGUUCUUCCACCUUUAUCCUCGCCGGCGAGUCCAGCUGGUGCCUUGGCUCGCACGCUGGAUCCAAAAGGGCGCCGUCCCCGUGGCAACCAUGAACAUGCAGCUGGGCGCGCCUGAGGGCGAGGAGGUGCCCGACGCCUGGCACCAUCAGCUCAUCUUCGGAGUCGCCCCGAAUGCCGUUUUCAUGACCAACCCUUUGGACGUCGUUAGUGAGGAAGAAGCGCACCAGCGUCUCUGCAGCGACUCGGUGUUGCUGGUGCGCCGAGACGACGUUCUGCGGCGGGUGACGCCCGGCUGCUCGCUGUCCAGCCUGUCGGGGAACCAGUCCAGGUGGCUGCUCCUGGACGUCGAAGGUCAAGUUCAGAAGAUGAUUGUAGAGGAAGAGCAGGGAGAAGAUCGACCCAAACGGACUCACAUCACGAUCCCCGCAGCUUACAGUUCAGGCGUUACCCUCUUCACGCUGCGAGACUCGGAGCUAGGACAGGAACUCCUCGGCGAGACAGAAAUCCCUCUGUUGUGACGCUCGAGUUUUGAAACCUUGAAUUAUUUAUUUUAUAGAUGACGCCUUAAUGAUGCUGCUGAAGGAACAUGACGGUGAAGACACGUGAACCAUGAAAAAAAGUGAACCCUUUUUAACUUUUUGCAACUUAGAGGUCACCAGAACUGAAGCACAAA